AUGAUCAACCAGAACUACGGACUUAUACGUCAAGGCGAGGGUAAUGCAGUGCUGAAAGCUAUCCCCAUUCCCAAACUCAAGGACGACUACAUCCUCGUGCGCACCGUGGCAAUUGCGUUGAACCCAACAGACUGGACAACCCUAGAUGCUAAGGGCGACGACGGAACUCUUGUGGGUUGUGAUUAUGCUGGCAUCGUGGAAGAAGUUGGCGAAGCCGUGGUGAAGCAGUUCAAGAAAGGUGAUCGUGUGAUGGGGAUUGGUCAUGGAGGCAAUGAUGCCAACCCUGAGACUGGUGCCUUUGCGAGAUACAUCGUUGUUAAAGGUGACAUACAAAUCCGAAUCCCGGACGAUGUAUCUUUCGAGACUGCUGCAACAGCGGGAGUGGGUCUGCUCACCACAGGCUAUGGCCUGUAUAAGAUCUUGGACCUUCCUUGGCCGGAGGUAAGUCGCGGGCUGAGCGAGGAGUCGAUCUUGGUCUUUGGGGGGAGCACGUCGACGGGAUCGAUCGCGAUUCAGUUUGCUAAGCUAUCUGGCUACAGGGUCUUGACAACUUGUAGUCCGAGGCAUUUCGACAUGGUCAAGGAGCGAGGUGCUGAUAUGGUGUAUGAUUAUCGUGAUCCACAAGUCGGCGAGAAGAUCAACGCAGAGACGAACAACAGCUUGACCAAGAUCUUCGACACUGUAGCCAUCGAGUCUACAGCUGAAGCCUGUGCCACCGCCUUUGGCGCACAAGGAGGCCUAUACUGUAACCUCCUUGGUGCUGAGUGUCCGCGUAAAGACGUCAAAUCCGAGUUCUUCCUCGGUUACUCCAUGUCAGGCCAAGAAUAUAUCUUCGAAGGCGAUAGCUACCCUGCUCAGCCGAAGGAUUUUGUGUUUGCAAAGAGGUGGGUCGAAUCGGCGGAGAGGUUGUGGGAGCAAGGGAAGUGGAAGUGUCAUCCCGAGAAAUUGUUGCCUGGUGGGUUACAGGGUGCUGUGCAGGGUAUGCAGGCUAUGAGAGAGGGCAAGGGGCCGAGUGGUGAGAAGUGGGUGUACAGGGCUGAUGAGACUGAGUGGCCAAACAUGAAUGACGAUAAACUGUGA